UUAGGAUACUUUAAUUUUAUGAUAAUCUUUGAUUUACCUAGUCCGUCUGUUUUAUUGCAUAAACCGUUUAAGUGCGUAUGCCAAUUAAUUCUUUCAAGCAAGAGUUUUUAAACAUAUUUUUAGUUAAACAUAUUUUUCAGAAGAAGACUAGAAAAGUGUUUAUGACCUAGGCAGUUGAGUACAGCCACGCCUGCUAUUAUCCUUAAAGGCCAAAGAUUGCAAAUGUUGAGAAAGUCCCCGAUUUCUACAAAUUAUAUAAAGCAAACUGAGGUAUACGAUGUUGCAAACAUUACGUCUUCCAACGAAAAUGCCAUAAAUGUGACUGUACACAUUCCACAUGACACUUUAGAUAAAUCAAAAGGAAAUUUAUUUUUGAUUGUGGUGGUCGUUAGCUUUUGUGUAUUUUUUGGUGGAGUUAUUGCAUACGUUAUGUAUAACCACUACAGAGAAGUUAUGGCGAAAAAAAGAGAAGAAGAAGCUCUUCAAAAAACUCUCGAAAGUGGACAAGCGACUAUUUCUAAAAAAACCUCGCUAGUUGGAGGGGGCCAAAAACAACUCAUAAUCGAAAGAAAAGUAAGUGUUAAUGCCAGAAAAAUAAGCACUGGAAGUCGAGGUUUAUGUAGUGGAGAAUCGAACGUUUGGUCUAGCACAAAUAGUCAUGCUUUAAAUUAUUUGCGCUCGUUAUCAGAAUCAUCAACUCAGAAUAUAAGCGAUUCAAAUCAAAGAAAAAUGAGUAUUUCUCCAAAGGUUUUGCCUGCAAACUUGCAUAAUAACUACUUAGAAAAUGUUUUGGUACGAUAUCGUGAUGGUUCUACAGCCAACACCCUUAAAAGUGUUUCGGAUGCUGAAGAGUCUGACGAGGAUCAAGAUAUCUUGCAAAAAAUCUCACUAGAGAGUAACUAUCGGUCAAAUAAUAAUAUUGAAAGUUUUCAAAUGCAAAAUGAUGUAAACGAUGCGCAUGACAAAGCUGAAGAAGAUUCGUUGUUAGCAAAUUCUGUAUAUACAUAAAGUUGUCGAAGUACUAUGACAAGAUGACACCAUGGCUUUCUUAAAAGACAAUAAUUCUAUGUAAUUAUCUUAUAAUUAAAAUAAUAAUUUAUUUAAAAAUAGACGAAAAAAAAUUAAAA